AUGGAGCAGAAGAAGGAGUGGGGCACCCAGUCCUUCUAUGAAACCGAUGUAAGAGUUCCUUUUGGACCUGCCAUCUGCGGUGGCACCGCCGCCAAUACGCAGAUUUUCGUGAAGACCCUGAAAGGGAAGACCGUCACUCUCGAGGUCGAACCCUCGGAUAUGACAGAAAAGGUAAAGGUCAAGAUCCAGGAUAAGGAAGGAAUUCCUCCUGACCAGCAAAGACUGAUCUUUGCUGGCAAGCAACUGGAAGAUGGACGUACUCUGUCUGACCGCAACACUCAAAAGGAGUCCACCCUUCAUCUUGCGUUGAGACUUCGUGGUGGUGCUAAGAAAAGGAGGAAGUCUUACACCACUCCCAGGCAGAACAAGCAUAAGAGAAAGAAGGCUAAGCUGGCCGCCCUGAAACACCAUAAGGUGGAGGAGGACGGCAAAAUCAGUCGCCUUCGGCGGGAGCGCCCUUCAGGUAAGCGUGGUGCUGGAGCUUUCAUGGUCAGCCGCUUUGACAGACAUUAUCGUGGCAAAUGUUGUCUGACCUAUUGUUUCAACAAACCAGAAGACAAGUAA